AUGUGCGCGCUGUCCUUUGCAAAGUUUCAUUACCUCUUUGUACCAAUUCUAUCAAAGUAUAUCAACUUGCAACCCGAUGUAGUCAGCUACUCUACCAUGGUACUGAACCAGCUCCUUGACAUCGAGGAUGCGCUGGUAACUCCGACAAACCCCGUACGUGCUGAUGGCAACCUUGACGUCGUGCGCUGUGCCAAGCUACACAACCAUCUCGUGGCGCUGAGCUGGAUGGAAAGGCACCAAAAGUCAGCCCACGAGUUGAACGAGCUCACAGACUCUCACCGGUCCUAUUUUGACGUGUUUGGCCACGAGGCUGACGAGGUUCGCCAACGGUUGGAUUCCCAGCUCGCGAGUUUCCUCGAGUCUAUAAUUGUACUACCUGUAGUAGAGGACAAGUCAGAGCUAUUUCUUUGCAUACAAAGGGUUGCUGAGCCUGACUGUAUCCAGGAUGAAUACAUUCUUGAAGCUUUCCACGCUGAGGACGAUCGCACUGACUAA